UUAACUUGAAUAUUCAGAUAUUUAUCCAAACAUAAUUGCUAUGGGUUUUCCUGCGGACAGACUUGAAGGAGUAUACCGAAACAACAUUGAUGAUGUAGUAAGGUUUUUGGAUUCAAAACAUAAAAACCAUUACAAGAUAUACAAUCUAUGUGCUGAAAGACAUUAUGACACCGCCAAAUUUAACUGCAGAGUUGCACAGUAUCCUUUUGAAGACCAUAACCCACCACAGCUAGAGCUUAUCAAACCUUUUUGUGAAGAUCUUGACCAAUGGCUGAGUGAAGAUGACAAUCAUGUUGCAGCAAUUCAUUGUAAAGCUGGAAAGGGACGAACUGGUGUAAUGAUUUGUGCAUAUUUGUUGCAUCGAGGCAAGUUUUUAAAGGCUCAAGAAGCUCUAGAUUUUUAUGGGGAAGUAAGGACCAGAGACAAGAAGGGAGUAACUAUUCCCAGUCAGAGACGCUAUGUGUAUUACUAUAGUUACCUGUUAAAGAAUCACCUGGAUUAUAGACCAGUGGCACUGCUGUUCCAUAAGAUGAUGUUUGAAACAAUUCCAAUGUUCAGUGGCGGAACUUGUAAUCCUCAGUUUGUGGUAUACCAACUAAAGGUAAAGAUAUUUACCUCCCCUUCAGGACCCCCAAGACGAGAAGACAAAUACAUGUACUUUGAAUUCCCUCAGCCAUUGCCGGUGUGCGGUGAUAUCAAAGUAGAAUUCUUCCACAAACAGAACAAGAUGUUGAAAAAGGACAAAAUGUUUCACUUUUGGGUAAAUACAUUCUUCAUAGGACUGGAUGAAAAUUCAGACAAAGUAGAAAAUGGAAGUCUAGUUGGAGAUCAGGAACUUGAUGGUAUUUUCAGCACAGAACGCUCAGAUAAUGACAAGGAAUAUCUAAUCCUUACGUUAACAAAAAAUGAUCUAGAUAAGGCAAAUAAAGACAAAGCCAACAGAUAUUUCUCCCCAAACUUCAAGGUGAAGCUAUUUUUCACGAAAACAGAGGAGCCAUCAAAUCCAGAGGCUAGCAGUUCUACUUCAGUAACACCGGAUGUUAGUGACAAUGAACCUGAUCAUUAUAGAUAUUCUGACACCACUGACUCUGAUCCAGAGAAUGAACCUUUUGAUGAAGAUCAGCAUACGCAGAUUACAAAAGUCUGAAUAUUUUUUUUAUCUGGGAAAAAAAACCACGAAGAGACAAACUUGAAUAAACUGAAAAAAAGGACCUUUUCAAAUGGCAAUAGAACAUUGUGUCAGAUUACCAAUUAUAGGAACAAUUCUUUCCUGACCAAUCUUAUUUUGCCCUAUAAAUCUACAGGGUUUGACAUUUGUUGUCCAGUUGAAAAAGGUUACGUAGCUAUGUUAUGUAUAUACCUUUUUGUGUCAAAAGGACAUUAAAAUUUCAAUUAGGAAAUAUAAAGAUGGCACUUUCCCAUUUUAUUCCAGUUUUAUAAAAGUGGAGACAGAUCUGAUGUGUAUGCGUAGGAAUUUUUCCUUUUGUCUGUCACCAACUGCAGUUGGGGGGGAAAAAAGCUUUCUGAUAUACAGGUUCACAUCCUGCCCCUUUUUUUGCACUUAAGUGGCAACAGAUAAGUCCGCAGUUGGCUAAGAGAAGUUUCUAAAGGGUUGUACUACAUUCUGAUGCAUGUAUUCUGGAUAGGGGAAUGAAAGAAAUGCUCUGAAAGGAAUAUAUUAUGCUGGACCCUGGACUAUGUACCAUAUCCAGCUACUUACAUGCACCUUUCUUUAGCAUGCUGCAGUAAUUAAUCCUGGACGUUUGAGGAAUCGGCCGCUGUCACUGCUUGUUGUUUGUGCAUUUUAUUUUUUUAAGCAUAAUGGUGCUAGAAAAGGCAGCUAGAGGGAGUGAUUCCAUAUAGGGGUACAGGAAUGAACCUUCCACAACAUCUUAAAGACCCACAAAUGAAGGGAUAUGAAAAAAAUGGGGUCACAGAUAAGAAACACAGCAACAAUGACUUAACCAUACAAAUGUGGAGGCUAUCAACCUAAAAUGGGCUUGAAACUAUUGUUCUAAAAAAGACAAUGAUUUAUUAAAUGUUUUUCUCAAUUGUAAUGGCUGCUCCAUCUCCUGUGUAAUCAAGGCCAGUGCUGAAAGUCAGAUGCUAUUAGUACGUACAUCAGUCAACAUCUUACUUAUUUUAUUAGUUUUUCAAUCAUAUACCUGCUGUGAAUGCUUCAUGUGCUGCAUUGCAAGCUUUUUUUCUCAUUAAAUAUAAAAUAUUUUAUAACGGUGCAUGAGAAACUUCAAUUUGAAAUUCUACAGGUUAGUGUUUAUUUUGAAGAUUUAUGGAUUCAUUUAUUCAAACAAACAGCUGUCAGCCCUUCCCCCCCUUUGACCUUACACAUUCUAUUACAUUCAUUACAAUGAGUUUUGCAGUUUUGCACACUUUUUUUAAAAUGUCAUUAACUGUUAGGGAAUUUUACUUGAAUACUUAGUACCUACAAUGUUUAAAAAGAGACAUUACACAUGGUAUAAAGGAAACCAGUCUUUCAAUAAAUUCUCAACACUGCACAGAUACAAAGAUGUGUACUUUUUAAAAGUAGAACAUGUCCCAAAUAUUCUAUCUGUUGUUUGCUAUUAAAAGAAUUAGAUAUCCAAACUAGCAGUGUUGUAUCAUUCCUUCAUAGGGAUAUAGCCAGAAAUAGUGAUUGAGCUUCACUUUUGAAUAUUAUGAUUGACAUGCCCAGACUGCAGAUAAUUUAAGAGUACAACUAUUGUUGAAUACAGAUAUGAAAUUUUUUUUUUUUUAAAUUCUGUUCACUCUGAAAUACACCAUGACCUUCAAACUUCUGGAAUAUCUACCCCAAAAGUUACACUUUAUGGUGUAAAGUCCAAUUUUAAUUAACUUACUGGCGCCGAAGUUGUUUAUUAGCUGUGUUCUUACCGAGUUAACAAAUGAAUCUGUGAUCCAUAGGGCCCAGUACAACAGCAUUAACAGAAUAUGAAUUGUAAAAAGAUAAGGCAGGACUUCACCUACAUUUUGGUAAACAAAGGUGUAACAUGCUUUUUCAGUAUUUAUUGGUCAAUUUUGCUCGUCAAAUUCGUGAUCUAAACUUAUAACAAAGCUAUUAUAGGAUUUUCUGAUUCAUAAGUUAAAUUAGAUUUUAAGGUUUUAACAGAACAAAAAUGCUGGUCCAGCACUCAGAAUUCCCAUUGUUAAAUUGGGCAGCAGGCAAUGGCUACUUGAAGACCAGACUUUAUGCCUUGAUACAUGUUUCACCUUAUGUCUGCUUUUAGCAAUUGAAAAUCAUGUUGGCUAAUAAACAAAAAUAUUCAUGCUUUAAAAUACUUUGAUUUUGACACUGUACUAUGUCCCACUUUUGGGCUCAUGAUAUCAAAAUUAAAUGUGUGGUUCCUGUAUGUAACACUGAUGGCCAGAAUGGAAAUAAUGACAUUAUAAUGGGCUUUUGCACUGUUGUUUUUCCUUUGGAAUGUGAAGGUCUGAAUGAGGGUUUUGAUUAUGAAUGUUUCAAUGUUUUUGAGAAGCCUUGCUUACAUUUUAUGGUAUAGUCAUUGGAAAUGGAAAAAUGGCAUUAUAUAUAUAUUAUAUAUAUAUAAAAAAUAUAUAUAUUAUACAUACUCUCCUAUACUUUCAGUUACCAUCCCCAUAGAACUUGACAAGAAUUACUAUGACUGAAAGGUUUUUGAAUCCUUAUUAAAACGUUAUUUAUGACAGUAUUCAUAAUUAGCUUGAAAUGCAUUCGGUAGGUAAUCUCUGAGUUUCUAGACUGUAUACUUAAACUCCUGGAUGUGCAGCAGCUUACAUGUCUGAAAUUACUUGAAGGCAUCACUUUCAUAAGAGCUUACUGUUAGGCCCUGUACCAUCCAUAGUCAUCUGUAGCCCCACUCGAAAUGUUUUGGCACAGUUAAUUUAAGGGCAGUUGUAUAAAUAGCAUCAAGAUUCUUUGCUGUGGCACAAAUUGUAAACUAAAGUGGAGUUUACAUACAGCAUCAAACGUUUCAGCUUUAAAAAAUAAAAAUAGGGUGCCAGUGUGCAAGUUCCAUGUUUAGUUAUAGCAAAUUUGUGCAAUAUGUUAACGAUGCCUGUGGUUGCCACAAAGUGCCUCGUUUACCUUUAAAUACUGUUAAAAAAUGUCAUGCAUGCAGAUGGAAGAGGUAGAACUGUGUGCUAAAAGAGGCUUUAACUGCAGUUUGGCAGAGGUGCCUUUUACUCUGCUAGUUCAAAUUUUCAGUCUGUUUUCAUAUAUAUAGAGAGAGUGUGUGUGUGUAUAUAUAUAUAUAUAGAGAGAGAGAGAGAGAGAGAGAGAGUGUGUAUGUAUAUACACACACACACGCACACAAAAAACUUGUCAAGCAGCCUUACUCUGAUUCAGUCUCUUCAGAUACUAUUGUGCUGUGCAACAGUGGCUCUGUGUGUAAUGCUAUGCACUGAGGAUACACAAAAACAGCAAAAUAUGACAUGUACAGGAUAAUGCCUCAUACAAAUCAGAUGUCCAUUUGUUGUUGUGUUUAACAACCCUUUAUCUCUUAGUGUUAAAACUCCACUUAAAACUGAUUAAAGUCUCAUUCUUGUCACA